AUGGCAUCUGCGCCUUGGGAUAGAGUCCCGCCCAAAGACACCAUAUUCGUGCUGGUGACAGGCGGUAAUAGUGGAAUUGGAUUUGGCAUUGGCGAGCGCCUCAUCGACGAGUACCUCACCACUCGGUCCCUCUCCUCGCAUCUUGUCGUGAUCCCAACCACCCGCAGCGCCAGAAAGUCGCAAGAGACAAUCGACGGCCUUCGUAGACACACAAAGCAGUUCGCCGUCACCUCGGACGCCCUCCGGAAGCGCGCGGGCCCGAGCUACGACCCGAAACAAACCACUCGCCGAGUUCACAUUCUCAGCGUCCAGCUCGACUUGUGCAGCUUGCCCUCGGUUCGCCGCGCCGCAAAGCAGCUCGUCUCGGGGACUCUCAGUAGCCCGAGUGAUGACGACGAUUUUGUGUCGCUCAUUGACGUCAAGAUCCCGCGCCUGGAUUCGGUCAUCUUCAAUGCUGGUAUAGGGGGGUGGUACGGGCUGGACUGGCCCAAGGUCUUCCACAACAUCUUCACAAAGGGCCUAAUCAGCGCCACGACAUGGCCCACCUUCAAGGGCGCCUUGGGAGGCCGUCUUAUAAACCCCAUCACGGGCACAAAGGGGCAGGGCAUACCGCAGAUAGGCGAGGUGUUUUGCGCCAACGUGUUUGGUCACUACCUCUUCGCGCAGCAGCUGGUCCCGCUCAUGGCCCGCCCGGCCAACAGCACCCUCGCUCCAAGCCGUAUUAUCUGGGAAUCGAGCGUGGAGCCGGACUGGGAGUGCUUUUCACUGGACGACUUCGAGGCCAUCAAGACCACGGCGGCCUACGAGUCGACCAAGCGCCUGACCGACAUUCUGGCGCUGACCUCCACCCUCCCGGCCUCCCGGCCGUACGUCGACAAGUAUCUCAACAUCAACACGCAACCACAAACAACACCUACCAGCAGCAUAACCCCACCCAAAAUCUAUCUCGUGCACCCUGGCGUCGUGCAAACAACCCUCUUCCCGCUCAACGCCUUCAUGUUUUUCUGGUACAACGUAGUCCUCUAUAUCGUCCGCUGGCUGGGCUCACCCUGGCACCCCAUCACAGCGUACAACGGGGCGUGCGCGCCCGUGUGGCUGGCGCUGCAGGAGCAGGGGUGGCUAGACGGGGCGCACGCGGAGCGCGUCAAGUGGGGGACCAGCACCGACUUCUGGGGCGAGUGCCGCGUCAAGAAGACUGAGGUGGACGGGUGGGGUUGGGAGGGCAAGGUCGAGGAGAUGAUGGCGCUCAAGCAGGAGCACAAGCUCAAAGGGCGGAAGCCCGGGGCGGUGGAUGUGACCGAGGAGAGGCUGGUCGAGUUCAAGGCGCUGGGGGCCGAGUGUUGGAGGCGGAUGGAGGAGCUGAGAAAGGUGUGGGAGCAGAGGGUGGAUGCUGUCGAGAGCGGGAGGUCCUAG